CGACAUUCUGAUCAGUCACGUAAGCCUACAGCCGCCAGAAAGCAAUGCUCAAGUUAUAUAAUAUUAUAGGGCAUCGAAAAUAUCAGCAACCAUUCAAUAGCGUGUUAGCUUUCUUUCUUUCGUUGGUUGGUUCUCUGGGCAAAAAUUAGGUUGUUGCCGUUUUGUUCGCCGCCCCACAUAUCAAAAUUUCUUUGCCUCUUCAAUUUCUCCACUGUACAUUCUCAACUUCUUAGGACAAUCCAGAUCUGGCCGCCGUAAUGGCGAAAGAAUCUAACACACCAAAAGCCAUAAAUAUUGUCCGCCCAGGUCAUUCCAUUACGACAGCUCCAAAAUUUCAAGUCUUUUCACCAUUACGGAACAAUGCUAAACCUCCGUCGGACCUUCAUAAGCCGAAGGUCAUGACAACGGCUCAGAUCUCGCUGAAUGAUCGACCUGGCUUGGCUCUGUUCGCAUCACAUAGUCCAAAGCAUAUCCUGGACUCAAAUAGCCAACCUAGCCAUCGGCAACUGGUGGCUUCAUCAAACCGUAUACCUCCGGUAAUCAUUUCGGCUUCUUCCUUAAAUACUAAAGCUAUAUCGACCCACAACAACGGACCUUAUGCCAACCGGACUAGUUCUACUGUGAAAUCACAAAUAUCAGUACACAGCUCUGAACCAAAAGCUUCUUCUGUCGUAUCUGAUAGAUCAGAUGCAUCUAUAGGUCUUGCCUCGGUGCAUUCAGACAAAUCAAGGAGUUCGAGCAGUAGCCAUCCCUAUGUUACCGAUAGGAACACCAUUAGACGACCUCCUGGCAUCGUUAUAUCGAAUGACAUGACUAUGAAAGACCCUCCACGCCGUAUUAUUAAUGUACCAACAUCAGAAAGCAAUUUAGAUGAGGACCGACCUCGCUAUUACGACAUCACUACUAAUGUGGAAAACGAUACCAGUUCUGACGUGGAGAGUGAAUCCAAUAAUGAAAAGAGCGACUGGAACUCAGGCUUCGAGAGCGAAGGUGAAGAAGAGGUUAGCUUUCAUAGUAAAAAAGUGGAAGAGGAGGACGAGGAUGACGGUGCAGAGUCACCCAUCAACGAAGCGAGGAUCAACCGCAAGAUUGCCGAUUUAGAAAUCUCCAAUCAAUCCUUGCUGGCAGUGAAUACCAUGCUCGAAUCAACCGUUCGUAAGCAAGCCAAGCAAAUUGCUGAACUACAAAAAUCAAAAUCAAAAUCAAAAUCAAGCACGGACAUUGUUGAUACGCAUAAGGCCAGUCAGGACAAUGUUGAGGUGAGCGAGUUAAUCGCCCUUCAAAAUGAAGAAGACGAGCAUUUUCAGAGGAUAAACACCAUCAUCGAUCGCUUGAUUGAGGAAGCACAAGCUGCCAUCGAUUACAAAAUCACCAACGGUGGUAGAGUACUCUCACUGUAUGAUGAAGGCGAAGAAGAAACCGCCCUCCCUAGCUCCAACAGUUCUUUAUCGUUCUCUGGCACUGACAUCGAUGAGGAUAUUACGGCUGAGUCGCCCUCGUCAUCUCUUAAUUUACCUAUACCGCAAAGAACGGGCCCAGACUCACCUCUCCAACCAAGAUCGUCGCAACCGCGUCGAACACAAACUUUAUCACGACGGAGUGCCUCACCACACAGUCUUAGCCCACCUUUACCGACGUCUCGUGAUAUUCGGCCAUCGAAAUCUACAGCUAUAUUACCAAACUCGACUUCACGACUCCCCAAUACUCGUAAAGCCAUAAGCACCACAAAUCCAAACAUAAGCACCAUUAAUAAUCGAAGAUCAAGACCAAAGAGUCACCAACCUGGAAGGGGGCCUUUGAAAUAGAAAGAGAAGUAGCUUAUUUAAUGGUCACCAAAUUGUAAAGUUGCAAAUUUGUUUCCAAAUGUGUUUUUCAUUGGGUUAUUCCCAAUACAUGUAUACCCCUCCCCCUUCUGUCGAGAAGUAACUUUCCUCUUCUCGUGAUAUAGUAUA